GGGCGCGAAGCGGAAGUGCGUCAGGAGGAGGUGGAGGCCGCGGGCUGCUGAGGAGGCCGCGGCGGAGCGGGGUCCGGUGAGAGCUUCAUCACUUCAGAUAAAACAGUAUUCAGAAACAUAAUUGAUGGGAGACUUAUACAAGGUUCAUUUCCUGAUUUCCUAAUUUACAGAGCUGAGACAGUGAGAUCUGACUGCUGAAGAGUGCCAGGUGUGGACCUGCUGAAGCAGGUACAACUGACAGGUGUUUGCAGAGAUGUCUAAAACCAACAAAUCCAAGUCUGGGUCCCGUUCCUCCCGCUCCAGGUCGGGUUCCAGGUCCCGCUCCCGCUCCUUCUCCAAAUCCCGUUCCCGGUCCCGAUCCAUCUCACGGUCAAGGAAACGCAGACUUAGUUCUAGAUCUCGUUCAAGAUCUUAUUCCCCAUCUCAUAACAGAGAAAGGAACCAUCCCAGAGUCUAUCAGAACCGGGAUUUCAGAGGCCAUAACAGGGGAUACAGGAGACCCUAUUAUUUUCGUGGCCGAAAUCGAGGUUUUUACCCCUGGGGCCAGUACAACCGUGGGGGCUAUGGGAAUUACAGGUCAAACUGGCAGAAUUACCGCCAGGCCUACAGCCCUCGGAGGGGGAGGUCACGCUCUCGUUCACCCAAGAGGAGGUCUCCUUCCCCAAGGUCUAGGAGCCAUUCUAGAAAUUCCGAUAAAUCAUCUUCUGAUCGGUCAAGGAGAUCUUCCUCGUCCCGGUCUUCCUCAAAUCACAGCCGAGUUGAGUCUUCCAAACGUAAAUCUGGAAAGGAGAAAAAGUCAUCUUCCAAGGAUACCCGGCCAUCCCAGGCUGCAGGAGAGAACCAAGGAGAUGAGUCUAAGGAGCAACCGUUCUCGGGAACGGCGGCUCCAGAGGUCAAAGCUUCCGAGGGAUCAAAACUGUGGCAAGAGAUGGGCACCUAUGGCACGAGUUCAGCAUCCAGAGCUUCUGUGUCUGAGCUCAGCCCCCGGGAGCGCAGCCCGGCCCUGAAGAGCCCUCUGCAGUCAGUGGUGGUCCGGAGACGUUCCCCUCGGCCCAGCCCCUUGCAGAAGUCGAGCCCCCCACUCUCCAGCCCCUCUCCCAUCAGCUCCGCCGCCCAGAGCAGCGGCACCGCCUCCUUCCCCGCCGGCUCCCACCAGAGCCCCUUCGACCACGGCCCGGCAGGGAUGAGCCCAACCAGGAAGAGCCCUGUGUGCAAAAGUCCAACACCAGUCAGUUCCAUGUAUGGGGCAUCUCAGAAAGAGGAAACACCAGCUCCUGGAGGAGGAGGAGGAACCUUCUCAAAAAGGUACCUGGAAGAGCAGAAGCCUGAGAAUGGGAAAGACAAAGAACAGAAAGUAACAAAUGUUGAAAAAGAAAAAAAUAAAGAAAAAGGGAAUUUCUCUGAGCUGGGAUCAACAGAUGGAAAGGCAAAAUCUGAGACCUAUACACCCAAAGCUGACUCGGAGAAGGGAUAUCGUGGCAGCCAGUCACCCAAGCGCUACAAGUUCCGGGAUGACUUUGACAAGUUAAAGGUGCCAGAAUUCCACAAGGAAAGUCAUUAUGUCAAAGAGGAAACAGAUGAGCAGGAAAAGAAAGACAAGGCAAAGGGCCGUAAGGAUUCCGAGUUUGAUGAUGAGCCCAAAUUCAUGUCUAAAGUCAUAGCAACUUCAAGUAAAAGUCAAGAAGAGGAUAGAUCAGGAAAGUGGGAAGGCGUGGUGUUCUUGCCACCUGGAAAAGAGAAACAAAGGAAAUCUGAUGAAAUGGAGGAGGAAAGCUAUUCUGAAAGGUCAAAAAAAGAAGAGAGACCAACUUCCAAGAGAGCUGAGCCAGGUCACAGGGGGUUUGUUCCUGAAAAAAAUUUCAGAGUGACCGCUUAUAAAUCAAGCCAGGAAAAAAGUUCUUCCCCCCCACCAAGGAAGACUUCUGAGGUAAAGGAGAAACCAGGCACCAAAGGAGAGGGGAUAGCUCCUGGCAAAUCCUCCUUUUCCAUUACUCGUGAGGCCCAGGUCAAUAUCCGAAUGGAUUCCUUUGAUGAAGAUCUUGCACGUCCAAGUGGCAUACUGGCUCAGGAACGCAAGCUGUGUCGUGACCUUGUGCACAGCAACAAAAAGGAGCAAGAAUUCCGUUCCAUUUUCCAUCACAUUCAGUCUGCUCAGUCACAACGAAGUCCCUCAGAACUCUUUGCUCAACACAUAGUGACUAUAGUCCAUCAUGUAAGAGAGCAUCACUUUGGGUCUUCAGGAAUGACACUGAAUGAACGCUUUACCAAAUAUCUAAAGAAAGGAAUGGAACAAGAUGCAGCUAAAAACAAAAAGAGCCCUGAAAUCCACAGGAGGAUUGAUAUAUCUCCCAGUACUUUUAGAAAACAUGGAUUCUCUCAAGAGGAAACAAAAAGUUCCAGAGAUCCUGGCUUCAAGGCUGAGGGAAAAUAUAAAGAGGACCCUGUUGACCUGCGCCUUGAUAUUGAACGCCGUAAAAAACAUAAGGAAAGAGAUCUUAAACGUGAUAAAUCCAGAGAAUCCGUGGACUCAAGGGAUUCAAGCCACUCAAGGGAAAGAUCGACUGAGAAAACGGAAAAAAGUCACAAAAGCUCAAAGAAAAAGAAACACCGAAGGGUGCGUGAGAGAUCCAGAUCCAGUUCAUCAUCUUCACGGUCUUCUCAUUCAGCCAAAGCAGAGGAGUAUCCAGAGGAGACUGAGGAGAGGGAGGAAAGCAACACAGGCUUUGACAAGUCCCGACUUGGGACUAAAGAAUUCACUGGUCCAAACGAGAGAGGAAGAGCUAGAGGGACUUUUCAGUUCAGAGCAAGAGGGAGAGGAUGGGGCAGAGGCAACUUUUCAGGCAACAAUAACAGCAACAGUGGUGGCAACAAUGACUUCCAGAAGCGAACCAGAGAUGAGGAGUGGGAUCCAGAGUACACACCCAAGAGCAAGAAGUACUACUUGCACGACGACCGGGAGGGCGAAGGUGCGGAGAAGUGGGUGAGCAGAGGCCGGGGCCGGGGUGCCUUCCCCCGGGGAAGGGGUCGUUUCAUGUUCAGGAAGUCGAGCACCAGCCCCAAGUGGGCCCAUGACAAAUUCAGUGGAGAAGAAGGAGAAAUCGAGGAUGACGAAAGCGGAGCAGAGAACAGAGAGGAGAAGGACACCAUGCAGACGACAGCCGAGUAGCCGCCGUGCCGCCGAGUCCCUGGCAGGGGGAAGGGGUCCAGCACCAGGCUGGUGCUGGAGAUUGUCAGGGUGAUCCCCAAGUGCUGAGCAGAGCCCCAGAGAGGAGUUUCUGGAACAGCCCCAACUCAACUGCAUUUCCAGAGCACAGCCUCCCUCAGCGUGGACUAGAACUGAUCAAUCAUUUAUGCUUGGAUCCGCUCAUGGAGUUCAUCUUCCCAAAGACUCACCUUCUGGACUGAGUGAGGUCAAGGAAAGGGUGAGAUGCUAGAUUUUCUCUUGUCUGUGACCUUAUUGAAUGGUCGGUUAUUUUUUUUUGGUAACAGGCUUUGAAGACAAUGUGGAUUUUGGUUUGUGCCCCCCUCUGAACCUGGUAGUCUUGAUAUUUUUGUUUCUCUUUUAUAAUUUGAAAUAGUAAAGGUCGGGACUAACUCGCCAGUUCAAGUUUUUUCUCCCCUAUUGUGUAUUCAAUUUUUUAAAUUCAUAUUCUGCUUAUUUUAGGCCUUUACGUAUGUAGUAACAUCAAUUAAAUGAUAAUUUUGGAAACUGUUUUUGGUUCUUAUAAAUAAGAAGGCAAUGAAGCAUGUGAAUAAACAUCUAAAUGUUAACUCAUUGGGACCAAACUGCUAUGAUUAUUAUUUUUUAAAGAACUUUUUUUUUAUGUAACAGUUGAGUUUAGGGCCUUUUAAAAAUUGUUUUCCUUUUAUGUUGAAAGUUAACAAAAUUAGCAUGGUUAAAAACAAAAACAAAAACAACCACCCUACUUCUCACCACUGUGUGUGUACAGUGUUAGGCCUGGUGUGUGCUGGAGUCCCAAACUGCUUGUAGGCAUUUUGUGUAUCUUCUGUGCAGCUGGUUGUGAACUUGAGUGCUCUUUCCAAGGUAACAUAGUUUUCUAAGAAACUUCAGAAUUCUUCUAGGUUAAAAUAUAAAAAAGGAGACGAGAAUUUUUCAAUAUUUUUUAUUAAUCUUUUUAUAAAAACAAAAAGGCAAAUCCCUCCUGUGCUGGUUAAGGACAGCCGCUAUGAUGUGUUUCUUCUUAUCUUUUAUCUUCUACUUUCCAACAUUCUGAAGCAGUUUGCAGGUGGUUCUUGGGCUGAGCCCCCCCAGCAGGAGCAGCUCCGUGUGCAGGCGCUGUACAGACACCUCUCUCCCGCCUCCCCCUCCCCAGGAUUGCUGCGCUGUUUCCCCACACACACCAACUAGAGUUUGGUUUGUUUUGACUUGAACAAUUCCUGUUUAGCAAAGCCCUGAAGUUUGUUUAUGCAAAUAAAAUAGAAUAAAA